ACCACCCGCCCCCAGGCCGCUUGUUUGCCCAUCCAAUUCCACCAUACGCGAUUUGUAUCGCGACUACUGGCGAAAUCCAGAAUACACAGCAUGGGCACAGCUCCGUAUCUGCUGACACCCGAUCUAUCUGUGCGCGCAAUAGAUUCCAAGGCUGGAUAGCGUUUCACUCGAUGAUCGGACGGACUGGGAUCAAGACAAGUCGUCACUGACCGGACAGCAGGAUUUUAGAGGACAUGGGGACUUGGAUGCAGGCCUUUGUACUGCUACCAAUUCAACAAGUAUCGUUAGAGGGAUGCCUUGCGCCGGGACCUGCAAAGAGUAACGCUCUUUUGUUAAGGGUGCCGUCAAUAAGCGAAUGAGCUCGACCGGUGCAUCGUCUCCUGCCGAUCAGAACUACUGAUCGUUUAUCAAUAUAGCCAGGUGUACCGAUGGUGGUUUGUAAGAGGAUAAUGUCAGAUGGUCGAGAAGAAAGCGACAGUGUUGUCCACCCCAACAGCUGCGCGGUCUCUUCUGAUUCGGCAGCUGUACCGAAAAAAAAAACUGCGCGUCGAUUAGUGGACUGCAGGGAUCAUUUACAUCUGUAUCUCUGUAUCGUGGGAGUAGGAAAACCACUCGCUAUCUUCGAUCAUGACCCUGAAAUGUCUCAGAUGAAUCAAAUCCACCAGUACUCGACCAGGGCAGCCUGGGAAAAGCCUAUGUUUCCAGCGCCAUCUACAAAACAUUCUCGGAACGUUGCGCGAGUCAGGACAAGAUGCGAAUCUGGUGCUGCAACAGUUGCUGAUGAGGAUGCAAGCGACGGGAUGGAGAGAGUCAUCCUAUCAUGCCAGAUCUUUGCCAGCUGCAACAGAUACUGAAAGGCCAUGCCAUUGCCCAGGCUGUAGUUAAAAAUUUUCUUGUAGGGAAACACAUGAUGGGAGUCGAUGUUCAACCCCCCCUGUCCCCACCCACUAGGGACGUGUGGCCCGACUCGUCAGUUGAGGCUUGGUAUGGGUUCAAAGAGGACUUCCGAAACAGGCAACUUGAAGAGCGAGUGACCGAAUUAGGUAGAUGGUGUCCAGAUUGUGGAGAGGGUUACAGCAGGUGGGAAAAUAGAGUCAGACCAACCGGCCCUUGUCGGAUAGGGAAAUGACUAGUCAGUGAGCAAAGAUUGCUUGGAAU